AUGCUCCGGCGACGGCUUGCUCGGACUAACACUAUAUGGUCCAGACAGAGAGAUGAUGUCAGUUUCGAUCUGCUGCGGAAGUUUUGGUGUGAAUUGCCAACCCAAGCCCGCAGGGAGCUCCUGAGGAUAGAUAAGCAGACAUUUUGUGAACAAGUAAGGAAGAACCUUUACUGUUCCAGAUGCCAUGGGUUGCUUCUGGAAUGUUAUUCACAAAUUCUUAUGUAUGGGAAGUCCUUGCAACUGGAGUUUGUUGGUGGAUGCUUUCCCCAAAAAACAACUGCUGAGGUCCUUGCUGACAAUGAAUCUGAUAAUUUUCAAGACCCUUCCGUGCACCCAUGGGGAGGCUUGGCCACAACAAAGGAUGGAAUGCUUACUCUUCUCGACUGCUAUAUUUGUGCAAGUUCACCUGAUGUGAUCCACAAAGUAUUUAGCAGUGCUGGACAAAGAGAGCAUGACCGUGAAUUGCUAUAUCCUGAUGCAUGUGGCGGCGGAGGCCGUGGUUGGAUAAGUCAAGGGUUGGCUAAUUAUGGACGAGUUCAUGGAGGAAGAGAAACUUGUGCUUUGCACUCUUCUAGGCUUUCAUGUGAUACACUGCUAGACUUCUGGUCUGCAUUGGGUGAUGAAACUAGAUCAGCUCUACUCCACAUGAAAGAGGAUGAUUUCAUUGAGAGGCUCAUGUAUCGGUUUGAUAGCAAGAGAUUUUGCAGAGAUUGCAGAAGAAAUGUGCUCCGUGAAUUCAAGGAACUGAAGGAGCUAAAGCGCUUGAAGAAGGAACCCCGCUGCACCAAUUGGUUUUGUGUUGCAGAUACUGAUAUCCAAUAUGAAGUGUCUGAGGAUUUGGUCAUAGUUGAUUGGCAGAAUUCCUUCACAAACACGAGCACUUAUCAUCAUUUUGAAUGGGCAGUUGGAACUGCAGAAGGGAAAGGUGAUAUCUUAGAUUUCGAAGAUGUAGGCAUGAAUGAAAAAGUUGAAGUGAAAGGACUCGAUCUUAGCAGCUUCAGUGCUUGCUUUAUCACACUGAGAGCAUGGAAACUCGAUGGGCGUUGUACUGAACUAUCUGUAAAAGCACAUGCAUUGAAUGGGCGAACAUGUGUUCAUCGAAGGCUAGUAGUAGGCGAUGGCUUUGUGACCAUAACAAAAGGGGAUAGUAUCAAAUCUUUCUUUGAGCAUGCAGAAGAAGUUGAAGAAGAAGAGGAUGAUGACUCCAUUGAUAAAGAUGGAAUUGAACUUGACGGGGAUGGCUCCCGUCCUCAAAAACAUGCCAAGAGUCCUGAACUUGCAAGGGAAUUUCUUCUGGAUGCUGCAACAGUUAUUUUCAAGGAGCAGGUAGAGAAGGCUUUCAGAGAAGGAACAGCACGGCAAAAUUCUCAUAGUUUAUUCGUUUCUCUUGCCAUAAAAUUAUUAGAAGACUGUGUCCAUGUUGCCUGCAAAGAAAUAAUUACACUAGAAAAACAGAUUAAACUUCUUGAAGAAGAAGAGAAUGAAAAACGUGAGGAAGAGGAACGUAGGGAGAGAAGAAGAAACAAGGAGCGAGAGAAAAAACUUAGGAGGAAAGAGAGGUUGAAGGAAAAAGAGAAGGAUAGGGAAAUAAAGAGUAUUGAAGCUAAUACACCAAGUUUUGAUCUGUCAACAUUUGCUAAUAAUCCGCUAAGAAACAUUAAUGAUGAAUCUUUGUCCACUCUCAACUAUGGGGAUUCACCUUGUGAUCGAAGAGACGAGAAAAAUAUUUAUGAACCUAAUUUUACAGACAUGAAUGACGAUACUCCAGUACAUAAAGAUGUGGAUACUGUGAACCUACAGAGUGACAGCUUAUGUCAUUCGAGUUAUCUCGAAGAAGGGAUACAUUUUAGGGAAUCCACUGGCUCUUUUCUACUCAGGCAAUCAAAAUCUGCUAGACAAAAACUAUCAUUUAAAAGAUCUGCUCUUCAGGAUCAAUCUCCCAAGUGGUAUGACAAGCACAGAUCUGCAUUCAACAAUAAGGCUUCUUCCAGGUGCUUGAGUGGUGGGCCUUGGCCAUUUAGGGAAAAGCUUGGGAGAAUGGAUUCUAGGAAUUGCAUUGAUGUGAGACUCAAUGAGAAGCUUCGCUCUUCUCAGGGCCGAAUUUUUAACACAUCUGAUUCUUUACCAUGUAGAAGUAAUCAUCCGAGCGAAUAUAGACCGAUGACUCGGUAUCAUAUUUCUAAUAUGAAAGGCAGUCGAGAAUUGAAGAAUGCGAAGUCAGUUGAUUCAACAGGGAAUUUGCCUCGGCAGUUGUCUCACUACGGUAAACACAAUCGUGGAUCCUAUGUCCCUGAAAAAAACACGUUUCCCAAAGGGAAGUUAGUUAUAAGCUCUUCUGGGAUAGAUUCUAACCACACGAGGCAGGUUUGGGAGCCGUUGGAUGCACGAAAGAAAUACAAUAGAAGCAACUUAGGGGCUGAUCUUAGUGUGCUUAAUACUUCUAAGAUCCACCUAUCCAAGGAAACGGCAUUCUAUAAGGAUGAAAAGGAUUUCCAUAGUUAUGAUAAUGAACCUUCUGUUGAAGAUAAUUCACAUGAAUUCUCUACAAAAGACACAGGAGUUGAUUCCUUGAGGUCUUCUGAGAAUCAGACGAAUCAAAGUAAGGAUUCAAAUAAUUCUGAUUUCAGAACCCUUCACACUUGCCAAAAUGAUUUCUCAACAUCUGAGAAGUGCUCAAAGGACAUUGGAGAUGAUGAACAUAACUCAUCUUCCAUCAUUUCUACAUUUUCUACAAAUAAUAGCUCUCAUUCCGUUAUGAUCUCUUCUAGUUCUGAUGCCUGCUCAUCUUGUCCGAGCGAAGGCGACAGCACCACCAGCUUUUCAAGCACGUUAAAUGCAGAAACCUCAUCAACUUCGGAUUCAGAAGAUGCUAGCCAGCAGCUAGACCAAAGAUAUACUUCCACCUGCGAUGAAGAUGCUCGUCUCAAAAACCGAAAUUGUUCUCCAAAUAGCAAGUUUGGAUCUACAGGAGAAGCCUCACAGCAAACUGCUGCAACUUCUGGGUUCCCACUACAAGCCAGCUCUCCAAUAGUAGAGUCCAUAGAAGUUGGCUGCUGCUCGGGUGUUAGUCCAAAUUUUAAUGCCGUUCCUCGACAGCAACAUAUGUUACAUACACAUAACCAACUCCCCAUGCCUACAUUUCCCUCAGAGAUUAUGGGGUAUGAAAAUCAAAAUACAAUAUGUUGGUCUGGUGCUCCUAUUAAUGGAAUUGUGCCAUUUUCACUCCACUAUAUGUUCCCAACUCCUGUAGGUUAUGGCAUGCCUCCUAACAGAUCCUCAGCUUUUCCAAACCAGUAUAACACUCUUCAACCUAUAGCAGCUGCUGCGUUGAAUUCAGAGCAGCAUCACUCAUUCCAUGGUAUUACCAAAGACUGUAGAGCUUAUCCUGCCAGACCAAACCAACACAUGAUAAAUGAUAAUGGUUACACAGAGGCAGAGACCAAAACAAAAAUCUCUGAAAUAAAAGAACAUUCUUUGAGCGCAGAGAAUGGCGACAACGCCACAAAAUCAAACGAGACCAGUAAAUCCUUCUCACUGUUUCAUUUUGGGGGGCCGUUAGUUGGCGCCGCACCUUAUGGUGUGAAAUCUGAGUGCACGAAUGAUCGUUCAGGAAGUAUAUUGAAUUCGGUUGAAUCUCUGCAAAAAAUUCCCUGUUCGAUGGAAGAGACGAAAAUUGAAGAGUACAGCUUGUUUGCUGCAAAAAAUAAUUCCAGGUUUCUGUUUUCUAGCUUCAACUUAUAAAACAGGGUGCAGGAAAGCUGCUGGUAUUGUUGUUUCCGCAUCACUGCUUUGUUUGUGAAAGUUGAGUGCUUGUAUUUGAUCACAAUAAUCUUUGUCAAUGGUUCAAGUAUAGGUUUCUAUUGUUCUUUCUUCUUUGCUUUUUUUUUUUU